AAUCUAUCUAAUUCAAACCCAUAAAGGGGUAAUUACAUAAGCAUCUCAACCCAGCAUAAGGUGAUUAGUCAUGUGACCCACUAUCCGACAACAUCCACAUACGGCAUUAAUUGAACUUAACGGGUUCAUCAUCAUUAUUAAUUGAAUGAAUAACACGUAAGAUACCUAUACCAACCAACUAUUCAGCCUUCUUUUUCACAGCACUAUACUUCUCCUAAAUACCUCAUAGGAGAAAUAAAAAGAAACCAUCAAAUAAAUACAGAUUGAACCGGAUCCCACCCAACUGACCCUGAGAAAGGAAAUGAGUCAUGGACGCCAGCUGCCAAUGCGGCGCCGUCGCCUUCAAGACGCCGCUUGAGAAGCCUCUCGCCCUGUACAUCUGCCACUGUGCCGAAUGUCGUCGCCAGACUAGUUCUGCCUUCGGCGCCUCCGCUAUCUUUCCCAGAUUCCCCCUGCCACGGGCUGAGCUGCUGUCGUGCUAUAGCCGACCGACACCUUCGGGCCACACUUUGAACUGCUACUUCUGUCGCAAUUGCGGGACGAGGUUACUCCACACGACGCAGGGCAAGAAUGUCGUCUCCGUCAAAGGCGGAUGCAUCGAAGGACUCGACUGGACGAAGGCCAUCCACAUCUGGACCAAGUCCGCCAUGGUGCCCAUCCCCGAGGGGUCCGAGACGUACUCGGAGGAGCCGAGCGACUCGGACUACUGCGCCUCCCAGGAGUCGCUCGACCAGCCGGGGAGCCUCGUUAACAGUGGUGGUUUGUUGGAGGGGGAGGAGGAGGAGGAGGGGGUGAAUGCUGGUGUGGGUGUGGGUGUUGAGAGGGUCAAGGGGGCUUGUGAGUUGAGUGGGCGGAUGAGAUUUUGAGGGGGGUGGUUGGUAUACCUAACCAUGUUAGGUAGUGAGGCAAGUUCCGUUUGAUGGGAGCGAUAAAGGAUAAGCGAUAUGGGAUAUAUGACUGAGUUUGAAUACCUAGGUAUAGGUAUAGGUAUAGGUAUAGGUAUAUGAGCAACAUUGGGUUUUAGGUUCUACUUUGCAUCUAAUUUGAUUUAUUAUUCCAUGGUGCAGUCCCAUAAUCUAGAAGUUAAAUAGGUAGGUAAGUACGUGCUUGCUUAUUUUUCUCUCUUGACGAGAUCGAUCACGACGUGUCUAUCAAUCAUCUUUAGUUACCUACCACUUAACCCCAUGUGAGGGCACGCGACCACGAUGCUAGCUUCGAUCGAGAUAGGUACCGCUGGCACGGCUCCCACUUCACAGCCCAUUAUUGUUACGUUCCGGUGUGUCCGGCUUUACCAUCUAGGACGCGGGUGCAGGUUCUCAACGCCCGUGACGAGACGCAGGAGUAGUAUGUGGUAGGCGACGAAGGAAGAAAGGAAGGAAGAAAAAAACAAGUUCCGUUCCACCUGCGAUGUUCGAUGAGCGCGACGGCUUCUUCGUGCUUGGACGCGAUUGUGGAACUAGAGAAGCUGGUAGGUACGCGAUGUCACGUGAAGAGGAUGGUGGUGAGGUACUAGGUAGUACUAGG